UUUAGUUUUAACAAACACAAAAUUUUCCAUAUCCGUACACUACUUAUUCUCUUUCUUCCCUACUCUUUUUUUUUUCUACCAUUUGUAGAUUCCACCCAAGAUUGUAGUCUGUAGAGAGAGAAAGAGUUAUUGAUAAUAGUGUGGAUUAGUGCUCUUUCUACGUCCAAAGGUGUUGCCUUUUUCCCUUUCUUUUUCUCCCUCCAAUUUUUAGAUACAGUCAAUCACACGUCAUAUUUAUGUGAACCCAAAACUGUCCAGCUAGUGUGGAGAAAAAAAUCCUGCUUGAGCUGUGGAAGGAGGUAGAUUUCCUUUUCCUUGUCAUAAAAAAUGUAAUUCUUAUUUCCCAAUGAAGUUUUGCUGCAUCUGGGAUGGAAUUACUCUCUAACCAGUGAAGUUCGUGAUUGAUUACUACUCAUUCAANCGAGUGUAGAAAAUGGCUUCGUGGGCGUACUUUGAUCCUGAGUAUGAGACGUUAAGCAUCAGAAUAAAUCCUCCACAGGUAUCUGUCGACAACUCUAGUUGCAACGACUGCACUCUAGUCAAGGUCGAUAGCAUGAACAAACCGGGGAUAUUGCUGGAGGUAGUCCAAAUUCUUACAGACCUUGACCUUACAAUAACUAAAGCCUACAUCUCCUCAGACGGAGGGUGGUUUAUGGACGUGUUUCAUGUCACUGAUCAACAAGGGCAAAAGAUUACCGACAGCAGGACAAUCGAACACAUUGAGAAGGCCUUGGGGCCCAAAGGAACCACUUCCGGCAUCCUCAAGGCCCGUCCGGGAAAACGGGCCGGGCCCAACCCGACACCCGAUCAAGCCCACACGGCCAUCGAGCUCAUCGGCCGGGACAGGCCAGGCCUCCUCUCGGAAAUAUCGGCAGUCCUAGCUGGCCUGCACAUCAGCGUCACGGCUGCUGAGGUGUGGACCCACAAUCGCCGCAUAGCAUGCAUCUUUUAUAUUGGUAAUGACAGCUCAGAAGAUGGCCCGGCCCGAAUAUCCUCCGCGGAGGAGCAGCUCUGCAAUAUCUUGCGGGGUGAGGAUGAAUUCGUGGCCUGGACGAGCCUUUCGGUGGGGUCCACCACGCAUAUUGAUAGGCGGCUCCACCAGCUGUUAUUUGCUGACAGGGACUAUGAAGGGGAUUGUGUGGCAAUGGUGGAUGGGAAGGUGACAAUCGAGAGGUGUGAGGAGAAGGAUUACUCGGUGGUGACUGUGAAGUGUAAGGAUAGGUCGAAGCUGAUGUUUGAUAUUGUGUGCACGCUUACGGAUAUGCAGUAUGUUGUUUUCCAUGCGACUGUCUCGUCUGACGGGCCCUACGCCUCGCAGGAAUAUUACAUACGUCACAUGGAUGGUUGCACUCUAGAGACGGAAGCAGAGAAAGAGAAGGUCAUCAAGUGUCUCGAGGCAGCAAUUAGACGACGAGUGAGUGAGGGCCUAAGCCUGGAACUAUGCGCAAAGGAUCGUGUGGGCCUCUUAUCCGAAGUCACGCGGAUUUUACGAGAAAACGGGCUUUCUGUCACGAGGGCAGGCGUCUCGACUGUGGGCGAACAAGCCAUGAAUGUAUUCUACGUGAGCGAUGCUUCCGGAAAGUCUGUUGAUGCAAAAACUAUCGAGGGCCUACGCAAGGAAAUCGGGCAGACUAUGAGGCUCAACGUGAAAAAGGCCCCUAACGAUGCCAAUACGCUCGAGACUAGUGGAUGGGCGAAAACGAGCUUCUUCUUCGGGAGCCUGCUGGAGAAGUUUCGGGCUUGAGUUUUGCUGGACUUUGUGUGUGUGUUCAGUGUUGUGAUGUUUGUGCUUUGAGAAGCCUUGUGUGGAGCUUUGUGUAUGUGGAUGAAUGGGUCUGAGUAAACAUUGAACUGUACAAAUCAAGAAAACAAUAAGUUGUAAUAAAAAUGUUGGGGCAAUUUUAUGUAAUGGAGUAGUAAAUUUUCACUAGCUCUGUUUGUUAUUCAGCUAAUUAAAAGUUUCAAGGGUCAAACAAAUAGCUUAUUUUUGUGAGCGGUUACUUGGUGAAGUUUAUGCAAAGUUAAUGUUGAAGUGUGCUUGGGAAUGCACGAGUGCGAUUUUUGUGUAACAACACAUAAAUAAAUGCGUUUAUUCGGGGAGUGUCCAGCUUUUCUUUAGAACUC